AGAGUUGUAAAAAAAAAAUUGAAUUUACAAGUUUUAAGACAAGAAGCAAAUUAAAGCAUAGAGCAAUUCAGGUUUCACUAAAAAGAACUUCUGGAGAACAGAGGCAGCAUACUGUUACAUUCUUGCUGCAGAGCCUCUGGCCCUCCACUGCGGGCUGCAAUUCUAUCAGGUAUAAUGGGUCAUGAAACUGCAACUGUUUUUGAGCUUUUGGUUGAGUCCAACUCGUACCCUUUUCUCUCUUCUGUGCGAGUGUGUAACAUUGAGAAAGCACUGCAAACCGGAAACUGGAAACUGAAAAGAAUAACAUCAGCCUUAUUUAUCACUGAACCACCGCCCCCUCCAAUUAUUUUUUUUAAAAAAAAGGAAAAACUAAAAGAAUACUACGUACAACCCACAAGUUCUCAGAGUCUUCCCUCCGCAGUCCACAUAUAUUAUAUAUAACUCCCCGUGAUCAAUCAUUAAGUACUGCUAACUAUUCGUAACCCAACUUUUGAUCCUCCUUUGUCUUGUCAAUCUUUUUUUUUUUUUUUUUAAAAAAAAAAAGAGAAGAAGAAGAAGAAAGAAAGAAAGAAAGGGGAAUCUCAUCUAGUACAAAAUAUGCCUUCCAAUCCUCCUAAAUCAUCUCUUCUACUACACAGGAUCAACACCCAUACCACCGCCACAGACACGACAUGUAAACAAUCUCAACAACAACAACAAACACCACCAUCCCCCUCCGCCACCGCUAUCUCCCCCUGCCCAUCUCAGGUCCCUGACUCGGUUGUGCGCUACCACACCCACGCUGUGGGCCCCAACCAGUGCUGCUCCACCGUCAUCCAAGAAAUCUCUGCCCCGCUCUCCACCGUGUGGUCGGUCGCCCGCCGCUUCGACAGCCCUCAGGCCUACAAGCACUUUGUCAAGAGCUGCCACGUCAUUCAUGGAGAUGGCAACGUCGGGACUCUCCGCCAGGUCCACGUCAUCUCUGGCCUCCCUGCAGCAAAUAGCACCGAGCGUCUGGAGAUUCUAGAUGAUGACCGCCAUGUCAUCAGCUUCAGCGUGGUAGGAGGAGACCACCGUUUGUCUAAUUGCCGCUCCGUUACGACCCUCCACCAUUCCCCCCGUGGGGAAGGUGCGGUUGCAGUGGAAUCUUACACGUUCCGGUAGGUAACACCAGAGAAGAAAGGCGUGUUUUUGUGGAUACCAUUGUUAAGUGUGGCUAGCCAGGAUCGCUGAUGAUUUAACUAGACGGAAAGCUUCUUCCUCGUGAACAUGAACAUAGAGGUUAGACUAUAUAUAUGCAACGCGAACGAACGUCUUCGUGCGCGUCUCUGUCUUUCUCGGCAUGUUUCACUUGUUAUUUUCUUUUAUUUAAUUUUUAUUUUGCUUCUCUACCGGCCCGCACAAAGCAAGUACGUAGUAUAACCUGCAGCUGUUUUCUAUCCACGUCACGUCCAGUUGGAACGUCGGGUAGUUGGUGAACGUGAUUACCCAUUGCCAUUGCCA